CCAGGCCGCCGCACCAUGAGCCGCUCCCCGAGGGAAGCCCAGGCCCCGAGCCACCACGAGCGCCUUCUGCCCUCUGUGGCUCGCACCCCGUCUGUCACCCAGGUCGCACCAGCCAAGAAGAUAACCUUCCUCAAGCGAGGGGAUCCCCGCUUUGUCGGGGUCCGCCUGGCUGUUCACCAGCGCGCCUUCAAGACCUUCAGCGCCCUCAUGGACGAGCUCUCCCGGCGCGUGCCUCUCUCCUUCGGGGUGCGCUCCGUCACCACGCCCCGCGGCCUGCAUGGCCUCAGCGCCCUGGAGCAGCUGGAAGAUGGCGGCUGCUACUUCUGCUCCGAUAAGAACCCCCCCAAGAUGCCCGGCGGGCCAGGCCGGCCGCAGGGGAGAGGCCCCUCUGCUCAGCAAUCGCGGGAUUUUGAAGGCCAGCGGGAGACGCCUGGAACGUCCUCCUCCUGGAAGGGUCCCAAAGCCCCAAGGAGGGUCUUGCUGGUGAAGAACGGGGACCCUAGACUCCAGCAGACGGUGGUUCUCAGUCACAGAGACACUCGGGACCUGACGGCCUUUCUCAGCAAAGCCUCAGACAUUCUGCGCUUUCCUGUGAAGCACGUGUACACAAUCAGCGGGAAAAAGCUGGACUCCCUGCAGAGCCUGCCGCCCGUGCUGGUGUGUGCCGGCCACGAGGCCUUCAGACCUCUGGCCAUGGAAGAUGCCAGAAGAAACAGGACUGAAACUUCAGCUGGGCUGGCUUCAAGGAACAAAAACGGGAGCUGGGGGCCCAAGGCCAAGCAGAGCGUGAUCCACGCGAGGCCCAGGUCGGGCAGCAGGCCGCGGCGGUCUUCCUUGCUGUCAGAGAGGUCUGGGCUCAGUGACCCCCCAGAGUCCCUGCAACGAGCCUGGGUGGGCUGUGCCCCCGACGGGCACCCUCUGGACACGCCGGCCCGGCCUGGCCCCUUGGUGGCCAGCGACGGCGUGAAGAAGAAGGUGCGCGUGAACGAGGACGGCAGCCUGGACGUGGAGAUGAAGGUCCGCUUCCACCUGCUCGGCGAGGACACGCUCCUGUGGUCCCGGAGGAUGGGGAGGGCCUGCGGGGAGGGCCCCGACCUCGGGGAGGUGGACCCCCUCUGCUGCGUGUGGGAGGGCCACCCUGGGGGCGGCUCGGUGGCGGGGGCGUGGGGGCCGAGGUCCUGCGGGGUGGAGCGCGAGGACGCCUGUGGCCGAGGCGGGCCGUCAGGACCCAGAUACGAGAUCUGGACGAACCCCCUGCACGCAGCCCGGGGAGAGGGGCUGACUUCUCGGAGGAGGUCGGGGCUGGCCCAGCACCCCCACGGCCGGGGCCCCCGGGGCCAAGGGGCCACCCUCAGGGAGAGACGCUGGGACAGUAUCAGCUCAGCCUCCAGCUCCAGCCACCCCGAGGGCUCGGAGCCAGACUCCUCCUGCUGCCCCAGGACCCCAGAGGGCGGUGCAGGCAGUGGUGGCCUCUCUGCCCAGAGCAGAGCCAAGCGGGAAGCUGGCCCAUGCCCAGAGACAGCGGGGCCAGGCAGCCAGGGUGCCAAAGGGGCUCCUUUUGACACGUCGGCCGGCGAGUGGGGUGGGCAGCACUGGGGCUGCUUGGACGAGGCAAGGCCUGAGACUUCCCAGCAGGAGGUCACCCAGGGAGGUGACCCCAGUUCUCCCACCCUGAGUCCCUCAGCUUUAAGGAACGAGGACCUGCAGGCAGAGACAUGUGGGCAGGGCACUGGGUGCCACCAGGCCAGGUGGGGGUCUGUGACGAGGCUGCCCCUGGCCCCAGGCCAUUCUGGCUCCUGGGACACAGAUGGAGGUUCUCCCCCACCUCCCGCCUGUGCCUCAGCCCAGAGGGGGACAAGGAAGCAGAGGACCCGCACUAGUGCCGUGUCCCCACCCAGCUCUCCUGGCCUUGGCCGAGUGGCUCGGAGAGGCCAUGCUGGGGAGUGUCACCACUGCAGGGACACCCACUGCCUGCCGGACUUACCUGCAGCCCAGCCAGCGCCAAGGCCUCCCGACCGAGGAGGGGCCUGCCCGGAGGGCCCAGCUGCACGACUUUCCGAAAGCUCCUCGAGCACCCAGACACAGGCCUCCGGGGACCGGAGAGCCCCCUCCUCGGGCUCGCUGCAUUCCCAGGACCUGCCCGCGGCCAGCAGUGCCACCAUCUCUCCUGCAGGCAACUUGGACUGCGCUUCUGGUUCCUUCCACUGCGAAGCUCCCUCUGCCGGGUGGGCAGGGGACGUGGGGUCCAGGGCGGGCUCCCCGGCUCCUGCUCCUCCCCACACACCCCACUUCUGCUCUCAGGCUAGGGCUGGUGGCCAGGGCCCAGAGGCGGGGGGCAUCCCCGAGCCUUCCUCGCCCUUGGCCCUGCAGGUGGGACGGCCUGACCCAGGGGAGGCAGGAGGCCACCGAGGCCACUGCGGCUUGCAGAUCGGAGCAUCCCCAGUCCAAGGAGGCCCUGGUGGCAAUGCACAGGCGCUGUGGGUACCAUCCUCUGAGGCCGCCUGGGUGUGCAGCAGGUACUGCCCCACCCCGCCCAGGCGGCGGCCCUGUGCCGAGAGGCGCCCUUCCAGCUGUGGGAGCAGUGGCCGCUGCCAUGGUGCUGCCCGGGGGCCAGGUGGGAGCCGGCAGUGGGGGGAAUCGCCUGCCGUGGGGUGCGUGCUGUCCCCAGACCCCACGGGGGGAUCCCAGGGGAAGACCGCUGCAGGCAGGGAAGGCCCCGAGGAGCAGGAGGAGCGUGGCGGCGUGUCCCCAGGCGCUCUGCCCCACGCCUCGCCAGACGCCGUGGUCCGAGAAUGGCUGGGCAACAUCCCAGAGGAGCCUGUGCUCUUGAAAUACGAGAUGGUGGAUGAGGCCGCAAAUGCGGCCGGGGACGGCCCAGAAAGCCCCAAGGAGGACCCUGAGGACGGCCGUUCUCCAGAAGGCCCAGGGGGGCUAGCUCAGGCCAGGCCACGGCCCCCUGAAGGGGACGCCAGCGAGAACCUAGAGCCAGACAGGGCCCUCCCGGGGACUGGCAGUGCCGGUCCCUCACCUGGAGAGGGUCCUCCCCAAGGGGCAGCUCCGGGCGGAAAUCCCAAAGCCUUUGCGGAGGCCAGAGUGGGCGGAGAGGCGGCCGUGGGCUGUGGGGUGCCCCAGGGGGUGCUUCCCGCCAGGGUGUGGGCCUCCGCGCAGAUCAUGAAGGCACUGGCGGGCUUCAGGCAGGGCCGGCCCAGCAGCCUGCCCGAAGUGUCCGGCCCGGCGGCCCGGAGGCUCAGCCGCUCAGCCGGGGCGCUCAUCACCUGCCUGGCCCGGCUGCACUUCUUCGAUGAAGAUCUGGGGUCUCCUAAUGGCAAAGCAAGCUUCGCAGACUCCCCUCGGUACCAGGAGCUGCUCAGCCUCUCCCGGGCCCUGUGGCCAGGCUGUGACCUUGGCCAAGGCCAGCCAGACUCCAGCCUCCAGGAGCUCACGUGGAGCCAGGCUCUGCCAGGCCUCGGGUCCCACGCCAUGACCGAGGACCUCACGCCAACGUCCUCCUCUGGCGUGGACCUCAGCAGUGGCUCGGGGGGCUCGGGGGAGGGCAGCGUGCCCUGUGCCGCGGACUGUGCCCUGGGCCCGGAGAGGGUGGAGCUGCCCCAGAAAACCUCCCACCAGAGGCCUGAUUCCAGAGGCUCAGAGAACGCGGAGGAUCUGGGAAACCCACGGCCAAGCUGUUGCCCGGCCUCCCCCCACUCGCAAGCCCCCGGUGAGGGCCGGGCAGGGGGAGACGGCGGAGAGCUGGGGCUGGGCAGCCCCCCGGGGCACGCGGUUGGACAAGCAAUGCAGGAAGAAGGGGCCCAGUUAGAGGAGACCAGAGAGGGAAUGGAAAGAGAAGAACUGCAAGAGUCUGCGGAAGAGGAAAGGCUUUCAGAAGAGGGCAGGGUGGGCUGUCCGGGUGGGGAUGAGGGCGGGCAGGAGGAGGGAGCGGGAAGAGCCUCUGCCCCAGCAGCAAGGAGAGAGGAACCCACGGAGCCCCCCGGUCAGCUCGGCGAGGGGGACCCACAUGCCGGUGAGGAUCAAAGCGGCCCCCAAUUCGAGCCUGGUUUGGAAGAUCUGCCUGGAGCAGCCUCGCCCCUGCGGGGGGCUGGCGAGGAGAGCGCGCCCGCGGCUGGCAGAGUGUCUCUGGAUCCGGACCCUGUCUGGGCGUCCACGAUGCUGAAGAAGAUGGAGAAGGCCUUCAUGGCCCACCUUGCCGGCGCCGUGGCACAGCUCCGGGCCCACUGGAGCCUGCAGGACCACCCUCUGCUGGACCAGAUGGCGGCCGAGCUGCAGCAGGACGUGGGCCGGCGGCUGCAAGACAGCACCCAGAGAGAGCUCCAGAAGAUGCUGAGCCGGGCGGGGCGCAGGGCCCCGGGGCCGCCCGGGGAGGCCCUCAGCCGGGAGCCGUCCUCGCAGACGGAGCAGCGCAGGCGCUGCCUCCGGGGCCUGCGCAACCUCUCGGCCUUCUCGGAGCGUACCGGAGGCCUGGGGUCCCUCUCCCUGGAGGACAGCGCAGCCCUGGGGACCCAGCAGGAUGGGGUGGCCGAGGGGGAGGAGUUCUGUCCCUGUGAGGCCUGCGUGAGGAAGAAAGUGAGCCCUGUGUCCCCAAAGGACACCGUGGGGACAAGCAGGGCACCUAUCAAAGAGGCCUUCGACCUGCAGCAAAUCCUGCAGAAGAGGAGAGGAGGGUGUUCCAGCGGGGACGCAGCCGAGGGGGCCCCUGAGAAGACAGGGGCAGAGCAGCUUCAGGAGGACCCCUCAAGCCCCCGGCCCUCCUGGGGGGCUGAUGAUGGGCUGGGGCUGGGGCCUGGGGUGCAGGGGGAGGAAGCCAGGGACCAGGGCUCCGGGGGUUCGGACAGUUUGGAGCGUGAACCCUCAGCAGUAGGUGACCAAGAUCCAGGAGGACAGAGUGAAGGCGCGGAAGGUGUGGGGGCCCAGGAAGCUGACGGGGAGGGGCGGCCUGGGUCAGGAGGGGGGACUCAAGGGGAGAGAGGAGGGAGCCCUCUGGUCAGCCCACAGCAGGGCCAGUCAGAGGACGCUUCUGAAAACGGCAGCCCGGACCAAGAGGGCAGGCCCGCGUCACCUCCCGCCCCAGCAUCCUACACGCUGCAGCGGCUGCACAGGAAAGCGAGGCUGCCGCUGAGGCUGUCGCCCGGGCUGCGCCGACCGGCCCAGGUGUCCCGCCGGCGGGGGCUGCUCUGCAGGCCUGUCCGGCCGUCUCCUUUGAGGGCUGGUGGAGUACCCGCACACGGCCGUGCUCUCUGA